AUGGUUUUUAUACUAUUAUAUUGUAGGCUGGGAAGUUGUGGUGGUGGUUAUGGUGAUGAUGGACAAAUGUUAUUUGGCUCAGAAAUUGGCAAACCAUAUGUAUCAAUAUUGAUGACCGGAGAUACCAUCGGAUGUUGUUUAAAUAUUAGAAAUGAUCAAUUUUGUCGCAGUCAAAGAUCGAACCUUUCAAUUACACUGGAAAUUUUAUAUGGUUGUUUAAAUGAAAUUAACGUCGAAAAUCCAAAUAUGGCCAUUUUACAAGUUUUAGAUCAAGUAAUUAAUCGAAAACUCUCGGAAACUCGCGUUAAAACUGACAAAGUUAUUGAUGCGAUAUUUGACAAAAGGUUCACCUGUCACGUAAAUACCGAGCAUGUAGAUCAUAAGUCGUACCGGAUCGCGAUUUCCGAAAUCUUUGAUCCCCAUAAAGCCUGCAAUGAAAAAGGUGUGUGGACAAAAGAUCAACAUUAUGAAGCUAGUUAA